AUGACAAGGCCAGAUUCCGACGUAACUAAGUCUCUGAUCGUCCUGGCCGUAUUCCAGUAUAUAUUCCUCUGCCGCGCUCUGCGCCUGUGGCGUGCGCAUCGGAAGCACUCGCAGUACCCCUAUAAGACGCGCGAAAGCUUCGCGAGUAUGACAAAUGAGCACGCAUGGGAGAUCCAGAAAUAUGUCUUCUCCUUGGAGUUUCCUUUUACUGUGGAGAAGAGUCUACAGUUCGCGCUGUUCAGGACAUACGGCAUACCCACGAUAUCAACUCUACUUGUCAAAACCAAGCAGCUCUCCUACUCCGCCACAGCAUCAAAGCGCGUUGUCGAUACCGCAGUCCUCAUCUCCGAAUUCAUCGGCCACAGCCCCACGACCGCGCGACACAACGCCGCCAUUGCACGUAUGAACUACCUACACAGCAUCUACCAAAAGUCCGGUCUGAUCAGCAACGACGACAUGCUCUUCACGCUCGCGCUCUUCGCGCUAGAGCCGAUACGCUGGAUCGCGCGGUACGAGUGGCGGGACCUAACGCCCAUGGAAACGUGCGCCAUCGCCACGUUCUGGAAGAGUACCGGGGAUGCCAUGGGGAUCUCCUACGACGCUCUGCCGUCGAGUGGGACGGGGUGGAAGGACGGCUUGCACUGGCUCGAGGAGGUCGAGGCGUGGAGUCAGGCGUACGAGGAGCGGUACAUGGUGCCUGAUGUGCACAACCACCAGACGGCCAACGAGACGACGGCGAUUCUGCUGUAUGAGAUGCCCAAGUCGUUGUGGCCAAUUGGGAAGAGGAUAGUCAGUGCGAUGAUGGAUGAUAGGCUAAGGGCUGCUAUGCUGUACGAGCCGCCGCCCCCAGGAUAUAUCGAAAGGGUCAACUACGUCUUCCUCGUGCGACGGCUCAUCCUUCGGAAUCUCGCACUUCCGCGACCCUAUGCCCUCCGCUACAUGACAGUCACCGACGAUCCGGAUCCGAAGACUGGCCGAUAUUACCGCACCGGCUACGACGCUGAGCCGUGGUACGUCCCUGCUACGUUUUGGAAUCGCUUCGGGCCUCAGGCGUGGAUGCGAUGGCUUGCCGGGAGGCCGUAUCCAGGUCGGGGAUUCAAGCCAGAGGGAUUAACGAUUCCGGAAGUCGGGCCGGUUAACAUGGAGGGAAAAGGUCGUGAUUAUUUUGAAGGGACGAAGGAGAAGUUGAUGGGGAUGGGGAGGGGCGGAUGUCCUUUUGCGUUUCAAAAGGAGUGA